UAUUUUGUUAACGUUUUCUGAUUGGUGCAGUGCUGUCAUCCGGAAGCAUUGACCGGAUGUUACGAAAAAUAGCUGUCUGAAUGAAUCUCCAAACUGCCAAACCAUUUUGGAGAAAGCUGAGCUAAGACAGCUGGAUGUCUACUGAAGAGAUGAUUUCAGUAGAUUAUGAAAUAUUUGGGAGAGUUCAAGGUGUAUUUUUUCGAAAAUACACUCAGGCAGAGGGGAAAAAGCUAGGUUUGGUCGGCUGGGUGCAGAACACAGAGGCAGGAACUGUGCAGGGGCAGCUUCAAGGUCCAAGCAACAAGGUGAGACAGAUGCAGGAUUGGCUGAAGUCCACUGGGAGCCCCAAGUCACAAAUCAUCAAAGCAGAGUUCAAGAAUGAGAAGAACGUCAAGAGUUUGGAUCACUCAACGUUCAAAAUAGUUCGCCCUUGAAUUUAUUUCAUACAGUAUUACAUUCCAAACUAACAUGUGAGAUAUACUUGUUAUUUAAAAUGAGGAUUGUUUUGUUAGAGUUCCUGAAAUGGAAAGCUUUAGAAAUGUACUGUAAAUAAUUUAAACUUAUUUCAAUGUAUGUUAGGCCUUAACUCUGAAUUGUGUGUUAAUGUGUAAUAUUUAAAAUACAACUAAAAUAAAAUAUUUAACACAA